GAAUCAACGCCACAGAAGCCCACGUCAUUACAUUACUCAGAGUUAAACAUUAGAUCGGAUGUUGGAAUAAUCUUAUCUCGCUGUUGGAAUCUGGCAAGGUAAUCAAUGAUAAGGCCAUGCGUUGAUGUUGUGUUAGUCUGUGUAACACCCACCAUAAAAAGAAGGCCAUUGUUCUUCCGUUGGAAGAAUCACUUCUAUACCAUGGGAUUGUGGAAAUCCUUGCGACGAGGAUCAAGAAAGGGUCAUAUUCCAUCCCGGCGAUUUCUUGUCAAUUAUGACCACGUGUUGGGUGCUGAAAUUGCUGAGGCCAAAAAUAUUCAGAUCAAGUUCCAAAGAAAUGGAAUAAAAACAGCAAAGUAUUCCAUCUUUAAUUUCUUGCCCAGGAAUUUAUUUGAGCAGUUUCGUCGAAUUGCAAAUUUUUACUUCCUGAUCGUGGGCGUGGUUCAGCUCGGGAUCGACAGCCCCGUUUCACCCUUCACCUCCAUUGCUCCUUUGGUCUUCGUGGUGGCUGUGACCAUGCUGAAACAAGGCUAUGAGGAUUAUCUCCGACAUAAGGCAGAUUCUGUGAUCAACAACCGAAAAGUCACCAGAAUCAAGGCUGGACAAUUGGAAACGAUCAAGUCCAAGGAGAUUCAAGUUGGAGAUCUAUUAAGACUGGAAGACAAUGAGGAUUUCCCAUGCGAUCUCGUCCUCCUUUCGUCGAGCAAUGCUCAAGGCAAAUGCUACGUGAUGACGGCCAAUUUGGAUGGGGAAACGAAUCUAAAGACCAAAAAGCCAGCACACAUUACCAACCAACUUUUUGUCAACGAAAGAUUAAACGAUCAAAGUCUUCUCAUUGACUGCGACCAUCCCUGUGUUCAAUUGGAAUCCUUCCAUGGAAACCUCUACGUUCAUGAGCAGAAACGUGGAUCUUCGUCAGAAAGCACCGUGGAAACGCUUUCCAUGGGGUCAACAAUCCCAGAUCAGUUUGACGGAAAUACAAUUCCCAUCCCGCUCAAACCUAUCGAGAGCUCAUGUGUUCUAACCUUCGAGAACCUGUUAUUGCGUGGUUCCACAUUGAAAAACACAGAUUCAAUUGUGGGCGUUGCCACCUUCACGGGUGAGGACACAAAGAUGUCACUCAAUGGCAAAAUGACCAGCAACAAGUUCUCAACGGUGGAAAAGAAGAUGAAUCGAUACCUGAUCUUCUUUUUAUUGCUUCUCGUGGGAGAAGUGGUGUUGGCGGUAGUUCUCAAGUACACCGUGGCCAUGGAUAAUCCCAAUGUUGAGGUGGUUCCAUGGUACUUGGGAGGUCAUCCGAUCCAUACUAGCGUCAAACAACUGGCCCAAGACAUCUUGUCCUUUUUGGUCCUUUUCAACUACAUCAUUCCUAUUUCAUUGUAUGUUACCAUGGAGAUGCAACGAUUCUUCGGCAGUCUCUUUUUCGUUUGGGACCUGAACUUCUAUGAUGAAGACCAACAACAGGGAGCCAUUUGUAAUUCGUCAGAUUUAAAUGAGGACCUCGGACAGGUGGACAUUCUGUUCUCGGAUAAGACCGGAACUUUGACGGAGAACAUCAUGACCUUCCAUUCAUGCUCCAUUGGCGGAAUCGUGAGACAGUUCAAAUCCCGCCUUCAUUGGGAUGUGACGGGCAAUUCUCAGACGCGGACCUUUUUUGAAGCCCUCUCGUUGUGUCAUACCGUGGAAAUCACGCAUCACCAUGGAAUUUACUCUUACAACGCCUCAAGCCCCGACGAGAAAGCCUUAGUGGAGGCUUGCAAGGAGCUCGGCAUCACUUUUACGGAGGAGGCUUUCGACGCAACAACCAACGAGACCAUUUUGAACAUGAUGUGGUCGAGCCACGAGAGUGAUGAAAUAAGAAAGUACAAACGUCUGCAUGUGCUCGAGUUUGAUUCAGACCGAAAGCGCAUGUCUGUUAUUGUGAGAAAACCUGAGGGCACGAUUUGGGUCCUGUGUAAAGGAGCUGAUUCGUCACUGCUCUCCAUUUGUACAUCCGGGCCGUUCGAAGAGACUGCUGAGCAAGUCAACGACUUUGCCAUGGAAGGCCUCAGGACACUUUUAGUUGGGGUGCGUGAAUUGUCGGAACAAGAUCUGGAGGCAUUUGCCACAGCCCUCCGAUCAUCGCAAAAGGCAGUGAAAGACUUGGAGCAGCUAAAAUCGGAGGCCUUCAACCUGGUUGAAUCGGACCUAACUCUAUUGGGAGCGGUUGCUAUUGAAGAUCAACUUCAACCUGACGUGAAAACCACGCUGACAGCCCUGCGGAAAGCGGGCAUUCGCAUUUGGGUCCUCACCGGCGACAAGAAAGAGACAGCGGUCAACAUUUCCUAUUCCAGCGGGCAUUUUUUCCCCAAUUGUGAAAUCAUAGACGUGAGUGGACAAGACGAGGCCACUCUAGCCAACGCCCUCGAAGCCGGUAUGACCAAGCGCAAGGCCGAUUUGUCUGGAUCCUUCUGUCUGUUAGUGGACGGAGCCACCCUCCACCACAUCUUACCCGACAUGACUUUCGUGGCUCAAUUCCGCGACCUGGCCAAAUUGUGCACGGCUGUCUUGUGUUGCCGAAUGUCGCCCUUGCAAAAGGCCGAUGUGGUCAAAAUGAUGAAGCAAGACGACAGCUGUCCCGUGACUGCGGCUGUCGGUGAUGGAGCGAAUGACGUAUCCAUGUUGCAAGAAGCCCAUGUGGGGCUGGGGAUCACGGGUCGUGAGGGGCGGGCCGCGACUCGAGCUUCGGAUUUUGCGCUCACAAGAUUUCGACAUCUGGAGCGCGUGUUCUUGGUACACGGUUAUUGGUACUACCACCGCGUUUGUAUCUUGGUGCAAUACUCGUUCUACAAGAAUGUGGUGGCCUUUACCCCACAACUCUUCAUGGCCUUCUUUAAUAGCUACUCUACCGAGAGCCUCUAUGACAGUCUUAGCUUAACAGUGUACAACAUCAUCUAUACAAGUGUUCCCAUUUUUGUGUUCAGCCUUUUAGAGCAACAUAAGAGCGAAUUGGAUUUACUUCAACACCCAGAUACUUAUCACGCUUUUAGUGGAAAUCGUUUGCUCCGGCUUGAUCAGGGUGCUAAAUGGUUCGGGGAAUCUCUUUUACAAUCUAUUGUGUGUUUCUUUUUCAUCUACGGAGUCUGGACUGUUGGUCUGGAAGAUGGACACUAUCACGGGUUAGGGCGAGCGAGUUUUGGGCAAACCGUCUAUCAGACAUCGGUGUUCCUCGUGUCUCUUCGAAUGCUCAUGGAGAGCAAGUUCUGGAAUGGCUACUUCAUUGGCACAUUACUACUUUCAGUUCUGGUCUAUUUUCUGGUGACCGUCAUGACGCAACUAAUGGUUUACCCUUCGUUUAUUUCGGGUCUGUUUUUAGAUCAACCGAUCACCAACCCUCCCAGUGCGAUGCCCCUGAAUUGGGAUUACUACAAAGUGAUUGUCCAUAUUGGAUCCGCUCUCAAUGUUUGGCUCACCUUACUCAUCCUCUGUGCGAUCACUCUUGUUCCAAUUUUGGUCAAGGGAGCCUUUGGAAAAAGGGAGUUUUUCAGAAAUCUUGAUUUGGGGACAAGAACAGCCUUUGAUAACAAAGGAUUUGAAAUGUCUUGAAACACCAAAUGACAGUAUUGAAAGCUAUCUGAUUUAUUUCGUUUUAGACAAAGGCACGCACACUUUUAUAGGUGCUGCCUUCCUACUAAUAUAUCUACAAAAUCGAGUCAGUGAAUCACA